AUGGGUGGUUUAGAGGUAUUGCUUAGGGAUGAGGAUAGGGAUGGGGAUACGGCUGGGGAUGGCUUCGAAACUGGCUUGGAUAUGGGUACGGGUGUGGGUUUGGGUGUAGAGAAAAAUGAUAGAGGAGAGUACGGUAUCAAUAAAGUCGAAGGGGAAAAAGUAAUGGGAUGA